CUCUCCGUCAGCGCAUGCGCGAAGCCACAUAACGAAGGCUAGCAGAAAAUCAAAGUGGACCUGUGACUGUUAGCUAACGAAAGUGUUGGUUUGCACAUUAAACACAGAGUGAAAUGUUUCGGAGAAAACUGGUCGCUCUAGAUUAUCACAACCCGAACGGCUUUGACUGCACAGAUGAGACCCAGUUUCGGAACUGCAUUGUGUGGCUGGAGGACCAGAAGAUUCGACAUUAUAAGAUCGAAGACAGAGGAAACCUGAGGAACAUCCCCAGCUCAGAGUGGCCCAAAGCCUACCAGAAGUACCUGCAGGAUGUGAACUGUCCGUUUGGAGUCGACGAGAGGAAGGAGGCUGUAGACUGGUUACUGGGCCUGGCUGUGCGGUAUGAAUAUGGAGACAAUGUGGAGAAGUACAAGAACUGUCAGCCCCUGGCAGCCUCCAGUAACAGUGAUAAAGCUGUGGACCCUCUCAUUAACCUCGACAGUAAUUCUCCAGAUUUCAAAGCAGGAGUUACAGCUCUGGCCAACAUCCUCAAGAUACAACGACAUGAUGACUACCUGGUUAUGCUUAAGGCCAUUCGUAUUCUGAUCCAGGAGAGACUUUCUCCAGAAGCCAUCGCUAAAGCCAGCCACAACAAAGAGGGUGUUCCAGUAGCUUUAGACAAGCACAUCUUGGGUUUUGACACUGGAGAUGCGACUCUGAACGAAGCGGCUCAGAUCCUGCGCCUGCUGCACAUCGAGGAGCUGAGGGAGCUGCAGACCAAGAUCAACGAGGCCAUCGUAGCUGUUCAGGCCAUCAUAGCCGACCCCAAGACAGACCACCGGCUGGGCAAGGUUGGCAGAUGAGAGCGAGGACGCCGAGGACAGCGGAGGGAGUGUGGGACUAAACCUGAUUUGAUUUUGAGAGGAAAAACCUUUUGUUGGUUGAGGGACAUAAAUGAGUUUGUAUUUUUUUUUUUUUUCCUGUUGUUGCAUGAGAUUGGACUGUUUCAAUUGGGAAUCUCAUAAAUAAAAGUGUGGACAUGCAGCAUGGAUAAGUUCUUAAAGCUUAAUCUAAGAAAAAAUGAAUAAAAAUGGUUUCUAUGAAUUA